GGGCUCAGAUCUGUUUCAGCAGGACAGAGUGAGGAGCUCAGACAGAGGGUUCAGAUGAAGAGAGAAAAGUUCAGACAGAACAAAAGCCACAGUUAGAGGAAACUUUCCAAGGCAGGGACAUUAGAGUGUAGAGAGUCAGGGUGAAGGCUGAUUCAGAAUGGGCUCCCUGGUGAGCAGUGCUGCUGCUCUCCUCUUCACUUCCCUGCUGCCUCUGCUCCUUGGAGUUUCUUCAGUCCUGGGCCAAGACCUGAGAGAGAGGGAUGCACUGUGUACCGAGGACGGCUGCUUCGUGGUCUACUUCCAACGGAGGACCUUCCUGGACUCAUGGAGGGCGUGCAAAGAGAAAGGUGGCAACCUAGCCACCAUCAAACGCGAGGAGGACGCCUCCACUAUCGCCACGCUCUUCUCCACUCUGGACCUGCGCCACUCACGCACCAACGUCCAGGUGUGGAUCGGCCUGCAGCGCCAGCCUCGCCAGUGUGCCGGUGCACUCCCGCUGCGGGGUUUCUCUUGGACCACGGGAGACCAGGACACGGAGUACACAAACUGGCAGAGAGAGCACUCCCCCAGUACGUGCAUGGUGCCGCGCUGCGUGGUCAUGGGCUACAGCCUCCAGGAGCAGACUGAUAACUUUAAAUGGCUGGACGGUGCCUGCUCGGUGCCUGUGGACGGGUAUCUCUGUCAUUACACCUACAAAGGAAUGUGUCCGGCCCUGUGGAGCGAAGGUGCAGGCAACGCCCUUUACACCACGCCGUUUAACCUCCUGAGCACGCUGCUGACCCAUGUACCCUUUGGAUCUGUGGCUACCGUGCCCUGCCCCGGGGGCACCAAGGAAGAGCAGUCGGUUCUGUGCAUGCAGAAGGAGGACGGCUCAGUGGGGUGGUCCAGAGACUCCCCCCUCUGCUCUGAUUCCUCUGUGUCACACAGCUGGUGCGACCAGGAUAACGGCGGGUGUGAGCACUUCUGCCGGCCAGCCGGUGAUCAGUUCUACUGCGAGUGCGGCGACGGGUAUCAGCUGGGGGACGAUGGGCAGAGCUGCGAGCUGGCUGAUGUUUGUGAAGGGGACCCCUGCGAGUUCGAGUGUCUUCCCCUCUCAGACGGGUACCGCUGCGCCUGCCCUGAAGGAUACAUGCUGGCGCCGGAUGAGCGUGGCUGUCUGGACGUAGACGAGUGCCUCCAGAGUCCCUGUGAACAACUGUGUGUGAACGCUCUGGGCUCGUUUGAGUGUCAGUGUCGGGAGGGGUACCAUUUAGAUUCCGAGGGCGCUUGUGAGGAUAUAGAUGAGUGUUUAGCUGAACCAUGUGAACACGACUGUGAGAACGCGCUAGGCUCUUAUAUCUGCCACUGUGACCUGGGUUUUUCUCCGGUACCUGAGGACCCGAGCCGAUGUCAGGACACUGACGAAUGCCAGAUCCCCGGGACCUGUGAGCAGAUGUGUGUGAACUAUGAGGGCGGUGGGUUUCAGUGCUACUGCGAGGAAGGCUACGAACUGAUGCCUGAUCAGCACUCAUGUAGGAAGAGAAUGGAGGGAGAUGACCAAACUGCUGUCACCCCUCCUUUUCCAUGGGUCACCCACCAACCUGGACCUGUAUGGGACCCCAUGGACUAUGACUGGAAUCUGCAGCAGAGCCACACUGACUGGCCCCCAGAGGAGGAGCAGUCUCUGGACUGGCUCACUGAUCCACCCAGAGUUUUGAACUCUGAUGUCAUCUGGGUCACCAGCGCUCCACAGGAGGAGCUGCCCUCUGAUUCAGGACUGGACCCUCUGACACAGGGACCUGAGAACGACCAGGACAGCAUCGACAGCGGGGGAGCUGAUUGGUUGCAGUGGGGUGAGAGAUCUGAGUCUGAACUGGAGGAUUUACCAAACACUGUCUACACCACACCUCCACCCACCACGGCCUUCACCACUACCCCAGACUUGUACGAAGAUGACAGGGAGACCACCACGGCUCUUCCCUCCCUCUCCACCUCCACAAUCUCUGAGGGAGCGUGGAAUUGGUGGGCGGGGCACGUCACACAGAAAACAGGAAAUCCAGAGGAUCCAGAGGAUCCAGUCAUAGACCACAACAUGACAACGGACUCCAGCUACCACAACGAGGGAGAAGUAGAACUGAGCCCAGAGGAGGAGAUGGGGGUGGAGGAAGAGGACUAUGUGGAGAUUACACUCUCUCAAGACCAAACUGUUCCCACCCAGCUUCCUUUUGGAGAGGUCGUAGAGGGCGGAGAGGGCAGUGACGUCGUGGAUCCAGUCCAGGAGGACAGCGGGCAGAAUUCGAGCAGCACUUGGCUCCUGGUGGGCCUCCUGGUGCCCACCUGCAUCUUCCUCGUGGUGAUGGCGGCGCUGGGCAUCUUCUACUGCACCCACUGCGCCGUUCAGCCGCGCAACAAGAACGUCAGCGACUGCUACCACUGGAUCUCCGGGGCUCAUGACAAACAGGGGGCUCCUAACCCCUCAGCAGGGGUCAAGACCCCCGUUUAAACAGACGAGAGAGAAACUGACAUUUCCCAUAAACAGACUCUGAGAGGUGAGCAGGGGGAGAAUAAUGUUUCACCCUCUGACUGUGGAGCUGCCCGCUCUCUGAACACACGUGGACAUUACUGUUGAACAGAGGGGGGGGGGCUAGAAAACCACUGACUUCUUUUUAAGGGUGGGGUGGGGUUGCUACUGCUUUGAUGUUUCAUACACUGAUCUGAUUGCUUCAUGAUUGCACAUAGUUAUAAAAAUAUCACCGCCUUCAUUAGCAAAGUCAAAGAAACGGGAGGAGAACGUCUCACAGCUGGAGCCGGACCCCCCGCGGCGAGCACCCGAGCGCGGCGUCGCCUUCGCGUCAGCAGCGUGUCACUGAGGAAGGUGGGGGCGUGCUUUAAAGGAUUCAGAUGCAUCGUCGGCUCACAGCAGGAGGAGAGACGUUCUGCAGUCACAUGAUAAUGCUGGGAAAACAAUCACUGUGUUCAUGAGCUGAGACCAAAACUUUCUUUGUAUAUAUGUGGUUCUGUUGUAUUUAUGUUCAUUUCUUUUGCUUUAGAAACUGUAACAACUGUAAUGAUUCAAUGGCAUUUUGAUAUCUCAGUGACACUGUUUAUGGAGCCCAUACACCUGGUGAUACGCAGAGGAACGCCUGUCCACACACGGGACUGUUCCUUCUCCUUUAAAGAAGGUUCAAGUGCAGAUGUAGGAAUGUUGUAGAGGGCUGGUAGUUGAUAUUAACCUUGACCUUGUUCAUAGAACGGCCAUCAAUCACCCUCCGUUACCCUGAUUCAUCGGUGCACCCCGAGAUGUUUUUCAGUUCCUGCUGCAAAGGAAUGCAACAAUCAGAUCUCAGAUUAUAAAAUCCUAAAUAACAGGAGGAGGAAAGCUGCGUUUUUGUGUUUUUGAAGAAGUGCUGAUUGGACAUUAGGGUGUAUGGGGGGGGGG